CCGGCCCGGCCCGGCCCCGCCCGCCCCGCUGACGGCGCCGCGAUGGCGGCGGGCGGGGCGCGGCUGGCCUGAGCCGCCAACAUGGCGGCGCUGCGGGAGGAGGAGUUCGCGGCGCUGCAGAGCCUGCUGAAGGCGCCGUCCAAGGACGCCGUGCGGCAGCUGUGCCAGGAGUGCUUCUCCAGCCCGCCCGCCGCGCUCCGCCCGCUGGCCCAGCGCGCUUGCCCCGGGCUCGCCGCCGACCCCGAGGAAGCGGAGCAGCUGGUAUCUGCUUUGCACAACCUCACCAGGCAUGUCGUGUACCGCGGCUUGACGAGGGCAGAAGAUAUCCUCUCUCUUUUCCCAGAAAACUUCCACCAAAAUCUGAAAAACCUUUUGACUAAGAUAAUCUUGGAGAAUAUCUCUGCUUGGAGGAAUGAAGCACAAGCAAGUCAGAUCUCCCUGCCUCGGCUGGUUGACAUGGACUGGAGGGUGGACAUCAAGACAUCUUCAGACAGCAUCAUAAGAAUGGCAGUCCCUACUUGCCUGCUUCAGUUAAAGAUUCAGGAAGAUGCUGCCUUAUGUGGAAAUAAUCCUGUUGUUUCUGCACUGACUGUGGAACUGAGUAAAGAAACCCUGGACACUAUGUUAGAAGGUCUAGGAAGGAUUCGGGACCAACUUUCUGCCGUUGCAAACAAAUGAAUACUCAAUGGCACGGAUUCCAGCAGCAAGGAAGGGAAGUAUUCUCUACCUACAGCUCUCAUAUGUUGCAGUCCAGUGUAACACAUCGUCUGUUUUGGCAAAACAAAACCAAGAAGUUUCUAUAUUGAAUUAAUGAGAUAGCUUUUGAAAGCUAACACUCAAAUAUUGAUUUGGUCUGAUACCAAAAAGUGCUUUCCCAAUGUAUUGUUGAACAAAAGCUGUUCACCAUUUCAGAAGAGAAUUGGAGGGCUCAGAGCUGGGCUUAAUCACAAGGAUCGUAGCUGGAAAGAGCAAAUAGCUGCAGCCAGUGAAACAAGUGCUAUCCCUUUGCCCCAAAAUGAGAAUCUAAAAGGCUCAAGCUGGUUAAUGGGCUGCCUUCCAGUAUUAGAAAAAGAGGGUGCUUCUCUGGAAUGUGCACGUACUGAGGUGCAUGUUAGAUGUAGCACACUCUCUCUCUCAAUGAAGCACAGCCAUGAGGCAGAUUGUUAUUACAGGACAAUGCUUUGAAACAGGGCAAUUAUGCACAUUCCCUUCUGAUCAGCUGCGUAGCAGCAUUUGUGAAAUGACUAGUCUGAACGUCUUUAGCAGGAACUAAUUUCCUCCUUCUGUUUGACAAGAAAAAAAGGAGUUCACAUAAUUCAUGUUGGGGUUUAUUGGGCUCUGGGCUUUCCUUUCCUGCACAAAAAACAAACUGGGAAAGUAAAGAACUGAAGGCUGUUGUCUGUACUGUAGGAAACCCUUCUGUGGUAAUAUGUGCCUAUACUUCUCCAAAGUGUUCUGUUGUUGGUGUAAAUCUUCAUUUAAUUAAAGAAUUAAAUGCUAA